UGUAGCUGUUCUUUGGAAAUGUCAUCACACCACAACUUGAAUACAAAGCAGUUCUAGGAAUCCUUUUCCUAGAACUAGGGCAUGGCAGAUAAAGACUGCAGCUGUGCUAAAUUCAGUCAGUUUACACUAGACAAGCAAGGCAGAAGGAAGACGCGGAAGAGGAGGCUUGUUUACGUUGCGUUAAUCUAGCUCAGUGUUCAAUUCGGACAUUUAAGCUUAGUGAAAUGAUAACUUUGACGUUAGUCAUUUACUGGUAAUUUCUUUCCAGACGCCUUUUAUCUUUGUCUGAUAUCCGUGUUUUACACAAACGGGGAACAGUAUCAUCAAAUCUGCCCUACCGAUGACCACAGUCGGAUUUGCGUUUGUUUCAUUCUCCCAGUGGAAGUUAUUUUAAACUUUCAGUCCGUGGCAUAAAUAUACAUAUAUUUAUUUUAUCGUCUUAGGACGACGUCGCCUUGUUUACACGAUAAGUUUUCAGCUUUUAAGUUUUACAGGAUAUAUAUUUUGUCUGUAAUCGUUUUCUGAAUCUGUACUAACAAGCGUUACCAGAAGCAGCUCUACCUAGAUGUGUAGGGGUAUUCAGAGAAUUAACUGAAAACUGAAAGCUUGGACUGACAUGAUUCUUUGCUUGCAAGGACCCGGACCAGCACUGGCUGAGAACAUUGGAAGGGCUGCUUUCAGAAGUGUAGAAGAACACCGUGCUCCACGGCCUGUGCCUCACAUGACCUUGCGGGAAAAUAGUAUUAUCACUACUAUAUCAAACUGUACCUCUGAAAACAAGCAUGCCAAAACUUGGGAUCCUGAGCAAGACCUGCGAUGUAUCUCUAAAACAUUUCAUUAUCUUAGCAACUCUGGCUGGUACUGGGGUUCACUGACAGCUAAUGAAGCCAAACAGCAGUUAAUUAAUCUACCAGAGGGAACCUUCUUGAUCCGGAACAGUACUCACUCCAGCUACCUCUUUACAUUGUCUGUCAAAACCAACCGGGGCCCUACCAAUGUCCGCAUUGAGUACACUGAUGGAAGGUUUCGGCUGGACUCAAACUACCUCGCCAAACCUCACAUCUUGGCAUUCCAAGACGUAGUCAGCCUUAUUCAGCAUUAUGUGACAUCUUGCAAGGCUGACCUCCCUUCUAGCCAAAGUGCUUCAACCACGGCCUCAGUAGCACAACUACAGAAAGAUCGGGCAGUGCAUUUGAAACUGAUAAAGCCCCUUCAUCGGCAGGACAGUUUUCCCUCACUACAGCACCUCUGUCGUCUUAGCAUCAACAAAGUUGCAACACAAGUGAGUCAACUUCCACUACCCAAGAAGAUGCAUGAAUAUUUAAGUGAUUACCCCUUUAGACUCUGAAAGAUACUUUUGUUUUCCCUCAAAGGGAUUCAAAGUACUGUAAUAAAACCACGAGGAUGGUUUUCACUGGAGAAAUGUAUGGACUUUGAAAAAGACAGUCUCACUGGAACUUGUUCUAUCCUCUCCAUAAAAUUAUCCAGGCUUGGUGUGCCUGUAUUUUAUUGACAUUUUGUACUCUGUGAGUGAAAAUAGUUCCGAUAAUGCAACUGCAUUUUGAUGGUGCUUGGGAUGGGGGUGGGGCUUUUUUACUGUAAAAGAGUAUCUUACCAAAAUGUAAGCAGAGAGAAGCCGUUAGUAGUUCUGAGUACUGUUCCUGCUAUGAGGAUGAGAAUGCGCACAUAAUGUAAUCUCCUAAGGGAACAGUGUCCCUUGUGCUAUUAUCUGAUCAGUAACAUUCCUAGAUUUUCUCACUGCUUGAAAGACACAGUGGUAUAAAUUUCUGUUUAUUCACUAGAUUGUUUAGUCCUUUACUCAGUUCACUCAUUCUUGUUUCUUAGAGAUGGAGAGGUCACUUAGGAAUGAAAUGCACAAGUGCUUACAUUUAAAUUUGUGGCAAUUUGUUUUCACCUUACAGUGAAAUAUGAACAAAAUUACAGUGAGACUGAUCCAGUUUCCUCAGAGAGGUGACUUAUUGUGUUCUACAUUAGAAUAUUAGUGAUUUCCUGAAGUCAGACUAUGAAUGCCUUUUAGCUUGCCUCCAUUGUCAUGGUACAACUUGUAUGCAUUUAUCCCAGGCACCAACUACCCUGCAACUAAAUGCAUCACCUUUUAAGCAACAUUUACCUGAGCCUGGUGGUCAAAAGAAAAUAUGUAAAAAUUAUGUUUCUUUGCUUGCAGAUACAUCCUUGUAAAACAGAGAAUGGAGUUGUGGACCUAUUUAAUUUAAUAAAAAAAGUUUUCCAUAAUAUAAAAUUCCCAUUUUUCUUUAACUGCCAUGAGACCUUUGUCAGUUACUUAUACAGUGGCCUGAACUGGCCAGAAGGGAUUUUUUUUCAUGUGUAAAGCAUGUUGUCUUAGCUGUGUGUUAUACCCACUGAUCUUUUUAAGAAAUGCUGCAUUACUAUAAUUUUAUUUCUAAUCUAAGCUCCAGAUAAGGCCUUGGCAAUAUUGAUGAGUUUUUCACAUUGCUCUACUGUGUAGUGACUAAGGUUUAAUGCUUCCAUCGUUUGGUGAAAGGGACUAUUUGGAUUUCAGGUUAGUAUUAACCUGGCUAAAAAUUAAGUAAAUGCCCAGACUCAACGGCCAAGAUGUCAUCUGUGUAGGUGCUAAUGCUGCACAGAGCAAAGCAAAAAAAGUACAACCAAUUCAACAUGGAUACUAUUGGUUUGAGAUUUCACAUGAACAAAUGCUAACAUUGAUAAGGGCAUUAUGGCAGCUAUAGCAAUAUCAGUGUUUUAACCAUCAUAAAACAACAUUUUAUUUCUGAGCUUUGCCCCAUGUUCUCAUGCAUAUUUUUGAUAAGUGAUGUAUUUUUAGUACUUUGCCUUUGAUUUUGGGUUAUACAGCUUUCUAUAAAGCCACACACGUAUGACUGUGGGAAGGGGUCACUGAUGCUUGAUAACCAGUAACACUGUUAUACAUAGGGCAGGGGCAAUAAUGUACUGUAUAUAAAGCAGUGACUGGUGCUGUAUCCUGAUAAGUGUUUUUAAUUGGGGCCAGACGGAGGUGACUGCAGAUAGAGCCAGACUGAGGUGACUGCAGAUAGAGCUGAAAUUCCUUGUUUGCCAUUAAGCACAAGAGAGCAGCAUUCAGGAACCUCUAUAGCUCUGUAAGAAAGUAAGGCACUUCAGACAGCUGCCUCUGGUGCUUCAAGGCUCUGUUGUUCAUCUAGAACUGUUCACAUGGGAUACACGCUUAGAUGCUUUAAGAACAUGUGUAGUGUCAACACAAUCUUGGUCUGUGAUUUAAGCACAUAAUAUAAUGUGAUGUUGAAAAUGCUGGUGAGUUUAAAUCUAUGUAGCCAUAUAUAGGGGAUAUAAACUGGAUUGAUACUGCGACUUUUGAUCCUGUAUAGGGAUAGUGGAUUUUUACAGAAUUGGUGCUGAAAUGUACUUUGAGUUAUGGAAGGCAGAUUCUUAUGUUAUCUUGCAGCUUAAAGGAGAUCCAGUUUUUUUUAUAAGAUACACAAAGAGAAUUAAAUGUUGAAAGCAUCCACAAAAAAAAAAAAAAAAAUUACAGUCCAGUGAGCAUCGCAUACAUGGCUCACUUUUAUGAACUCUAAGAGAAGGUCUAUGCUUCCAAAGUAAGUUCUGGAAAUGCUGCUAGUUAUUAGCUUUCAGAUUCUGAGUCUAUUUUUUUUCAAAGCAGCUUUAUGAUAUAAAAUAUGUAACAGGAAGAAGAGGAGCUUUGUUUGGUGCUUGUCAUUUAAGAUGGUCAUAAAAAGUUAUAACCUUGAAAUGAUGGUCCACAGCAAUCAUAGAGGAGCUUCUAACUGACUGUAUCUGAUUUAGAAGUCUACGAUUGUGUCCUCUAUUUCUUUUCCUUCAUUCUUUCUCUUUUCUUACUUUAUAAAUCAUUUUCCUUCGCUCCUCAGUAUAACUGAAAUCUUGACUGAGUAACUCACAAAUGCUCAUGUGCACAUGAUAUAUAUAUAUAGUAUUUGUAAUGUAUAAUAUAAAUACAGUUCAUAUGUAUGGAUAUUUUUAAGAGUGCUAUAAAGAACCAUUUUUUUGAAAACA